AUGUCUCUUUUUUCUAUCAGCAUAAUUUUGGGGAUCCUGCCCCUUGGGUCCAGCCAGUUCCCUCGGGCGUGUGCUAACUCGGGCAACUUGUUGAGGAAGGAGUGUUGUCCAACAUGGCCCGGUGAUGGUUCUCCUUGUGGAGAGCUUUCAGGCAGGGGUACUUGCCGAGGGAGUCUUCUGUCGGUUGCUCCUCUCGGUCCUCAGUUCCCUUUCUCUGGCGUGGAUGACCGAGAGGACUGGCCGGCGGUGUUUUACAACAAGACUUGCAGGUGCUCAGGCAACUUCAUGGGACACAACUGCGGCGAUUGCAAAUUCAGCUUUGGAGGACCCAACUGCACCGAAAGAAAGCUGCGGGUCAGGAAAGACAUCUUCAAGCUCAACGCCGGAGAAAGCUACCAGUUCCUUGCCUAUCUCAACUUGGCGAAAUAUACCACCAGCCAGGAUUUCGUCAUUGCCACUGGAACGUAUGCCCAAAUGAACAACGGCACCACUCCGAUGUUCCGAGACACCAGCGUCUAUGACCUGUUCGUCUGGAUGCAUUAUUAUGCGUCUCGAGACACGCUUCUGGGAGGCGCCAACGUCUGGAGGGAUAUUGACUUUGCGCACGAAGCUCCAGGUUUCCUUCCUUGGCAUCGGCUGUUUUUGCUCCUGUGGGAACGUGAGAUCCAGAAGAUGACAGGGAAUGAAGAUUUCACCAUACCCUACUGGGAUUGGAGAGAUGCGAAAGGCUGUGACAUCUGCACAGAUGAGUACAUGGGAGGCAGACAUCCCAGUCAACCAAACCUAUUGAACCCAGGAUCCUUCUUCUCUUCAUGGCAAGUAUGUACAGGCAUGAGGGGGGGGAGGCAGGAGAGGAACUUGGCUUCCCCCUACCAAAAUUUUUAA